AUGGGAGUGAAAGUUAUCAUAUUUUCUCUACUAGCCGUCGUGAUUUGUAGUGCUUUUCCUUUUGAACGGGAAUUAACCCCAAAUGCUCAUGCGAUCCCUGAAUAUGUACUUAACCCGAAUCUGUGGUGGGAAACUAGUUACCUUUACCCAAAUGCGUAUAGUAACUUUAAUAUACCCAGGUCUUACAACUAUACAUACCAAACACCCUAUUUUACCAUUAUAUUGAUGGGUGAUGCAGUUCCAGGCACAAAAUUAUCUAACCAAUUAAUUAACCAUAUGUAUAAAAAUGAAUUUCUGUAA